UCCUCCUGCACCCCUUGCCUCUCACCUACCUCUUCAUCCCCACACCCCCCUCCCGUUGCCCCUCACACCCCUGUCACCACUGGGCAUCCGGCCUCCUCGCCCUGGAGCAGGUCCCAUGAUGGUGGUAAAAAUAACUGAGGGCAUGUGAACAGGGGGAGGGCCUGACAAGGGCGGAGCGAGGCUGAUACUAAGUAAGGGACCCCUGGAGUUGAGGGCAGGGAAGUGCCCUCCCCUGAGCCCUGGAGGUGGGCUCUGAGCUCCGCCCCCCCUCCCUCGCGGGUACCAGGAGGCCCUGGUCACACAGAUGAGUCACCUCCGUCAGGCGCAUACCCAGCGCCAGCAGCGAACAGAGCCAGGUGGCGGAGCUCUCAGAGAGGUCCCCGGCUGCCACCCAGGACCCUUCUCAGCACCCUCAGCGAUGCCUCUUCACCAUGUCUCGGCCCAGUGUGGCCCCCUCAUACCUAGUCCAAGGGGGCUUGUCUGAGUCCCCUCCCCUGGCCUGAGCCCCCAUGGCGGGCACGGCAGCAGCGGGCUGGCGGCGGCCCCAGCGGGUGAGCAUGCAGGAGCACAUGGCCAUCGAUGUGAACCCCGGACCCAUCCAGCCCAUCCCCCUCAUUUCUGACUACUUCCCCCAUUUCUACCCCUUUGCUGAGCCUGCCCGGGGUGCCCCAGGCCCACACCCUGCAGUGUCUCCCGCCAGCUCUGCACCCCAGCUGCAGCCAGACCCAGAGCCAGAGGGAGACUCAGACGACAGCGCUACCCUGGGCACCCUCGAGUUCACACUUCUUUUUGAUGCGGACAACAGCGCCCUGCACUGCACGGCUCACCAUGCCAAGGGCCUCAAGCCACCAGCCUCAGGCUCCCUGGACACCUAUGUCAAAGCCAAUCUGCUGCCAGGGGCCAGCAAGGCCAGCCAGCUGAGGACACGCACAGUUCGGGGCACAAGGGGGCCUGUCUGGGAAGAGACGCUCACUUACCACGGCUUCACCCACCAGGAUGUUGGGCGCAAGACCCUGCGGUUGUGUGUGUGUGAGGACCCACGGCUGCGGCCACGGCGGCGGCGAGUGCCUCCCCUGGGGGAGCUGCGGGUGCCCCUGAGGAAGUUGGUGCCCAACCGAGCCAGGAGCUUCAGUGUGUGUCUGGAGAAGCGGAGGCUGGUGAGUCGGGUGGCGCACGAGGUGGGGCUUUGGGAAUGGGAGGAACAUGUGGCAGAGGUGGCCGGGGAGGAGCGCGGGCGCAUCCUGCUGUCCCUGUGCUACAGCUCUCAGCGGGGCGGCCUGCUGGUAGGGGUGCUGCGAUGCGCCCAUCUGGCCCCCAUGGAUGCCAAUGGCUACUCGGACCCCUUCGUCCGCCUAUUCCUGCAUCCAAAUGUGGGGAAAAAAACUAAAUAUAAGACCAGUGUUCGGAAGAAGACCCUGAACCCCGAAUUCCAUGAGGAGUUCUUCUACGCAGGCCUCAGGGAGGAGCUGGCCCAGAAGACCCUGCUGGUGUCUGUAUGGGACUAUGACCUGGGCCCGGCCAACGACUUCAUUGGCGGGGUACAGCUGAGUGGCCGGGCCGGUGGGGAGCGCCAGCGGCACUGGAGAGAGUGCCUGGGCCACAGUGACCACCGGCUGGAGCUGUGGCACCCGCUGGACGGGAGUGCGCCCCUCCAGCUCAGCGACUAGCUGGGGCGCCUGCGUGGCCCUGCUCACUGCUCCUCCCCAAACUGACCCAGACGCCUCCACAGAGUUGGGAGGAACCAGGGCUGCCUCACCCACAUGCCCAGCCCCUAGUCAAAUUGUUUCCUUCCUCCACCCCUUCCAGAUGUGCCCAGUGCCCCCUCAGGAAGCAGGAAUAAACCUCUCCUCCAAUCCAGACUAAA